AUGGAUGCAUCUUGGUAUGGUGGAAAGCAAAAUACCGCACACCCUGCAUGGUAUUGCGGUAGAAUACGGCUGACUUACAACUAUUCGCAUCAAUGCUAUUGUGGUUUGGAAAAUCAGGAGUCUACUGGUGCAACAUCGGCGAAAGUGACUGCGAAAUGUGACUGCCAUAAUGCUAGCCGCUACCAACGCAAUGUACACUGUCAUUCUGGAGAAAUGCAAGCGUACUUGUCUACGCAUACUGAUCUUAUUUCUCCUCGACUCUCCCUUGAUAAGACUCCUACAAAAUCCGGCGCAAGCGGAGUAUCCUCAAGCAUGCCAUCCGAAGGAGCGCCGUACUCGAUCGUGUCAAAAUGUGCUGCGGAGUUUUUUGCUCUAAUGGCUUUUGUACUUGUUGGAUCACUGCAAGCAGUGACGACAUAUGAUGGGGUUCUACAUGCUGCCUUUUGCCAUGGUAUUGCAAUAGUUGUGCUUGUAGCAAUCUUUGCUCAUAUAAGCGGUGGUCAUGUCAAUCCGGCUGUGACACUCGGAGUGGCUGUUGCUGGAAAAAUGCCACCGAUUGAAGCUAUUUUUUACGUCGUAGCACAAUUGCUUGGUGGUCUACUUGGCUCUUUCAUAGUCCGAGCGAUUUUGAAUUUCAACCAGUAUGUAACGAUACAGGGGGGUGCAACACUUUGCGGAGUCGGUGUAGCAUGGUACCAGGGUUUGAUAGCCGAGAUAUUCACCACCUCAUUUUUGGUUUUGGCUGUUCUACUCUCUGCCGCGGACGAAAAGAGUGUAAUUGCACCAAUAGUGAUCGGAUUCACUGUAUUAUUCGAUAUAAUAGCAGUAGGAUCAAUUUCCGGCGCUUCGAUGAAUCCUGCGCGUUCAUUCGGCCCAAAUGUCGUUGCAUCCAUAUUCAUAUCAGACCAACUGAUAGAAAGAUUCUGGUCACAGCAUUGGAUUUACUAUGCUGGACCGAUCAUUGGAGCACUCAUGGCCGCUGGACUUUACAGGGUCUUCUUUGCACGGGAGAAUCGACUUGUGAAAUAAGAAUGCUAGUUUCUGUAUGAAUGAAUUUUACUCAAAGACUCUGUUUCCAACUAAUGUUAGCUCAAAGAAUUCGAGUUGAUUCUAUUCAUUCUUGGCCACGGCGUACACUAUUGACUGGAUAAACUUACUAGCCCUCCUUUCAACGAAAAAUGCAUUUUCAUAUAAAAUAAGACCAAAAUUUGUGCGCUCAAAUUAAGGAGACUUUCGUUUUGUUAGACAAUAUGUGCAUUCAAUUCUUCUGCCUGGCCUCCAUUCAUAUUUUUGUU